AGGGAUGGGCUGCGCCCCCAGCAUCCAUGUCUCGCAGAGCGGCGUGAUCUACUGCCGGGACUCGGACGAGUCCAACUCGCCCCGCCAGACCACCAGCGUGUCGCAGGGCCCCGCGGCCCCCCUGCACGGCCUCUUCUUGCACACCGACGCCGCCGACGCCACCCCCCCGAGCCGCGUCGGACCCCUGGGUGCUGUCCGUGUCCGCAGGGCCCGGGCCGAGCUGGGCAGCGGCAGCAGCGCGGGUUCCGCAGCCCCCGCCGCGACCACCUGCAGGGGCCGGAGGCGCCACUGCUGCAGCAGCGCCGAGGCCGAGACCCAGACCAGCUACACCAGCGUCAAGCAGGUGUCUUCCGCGGAGGUACGCAUUGGGCCCAUGAGACUGACGCAAGACCCUAUUCAGGUUUUGCUAAUCUUUGCAAAGGAAGAUAAUCAGAGUGAUGGCUUCUGGUGGGCCUGUGACAGAGCUGGUUACCGAUGCAACAUCGCUCGGACUCCUGAGUCAGCCCUCGAAUGCUUUCUAGAUAAGCAUCAUGAAAUUAUUGUCAUCGAUCACAGGCAAACUCGGAACUUUGAUGCAGAAGCGGUGUGCAGGUCGAUCCGGGCCACGAAUCCCUCUGAGCACACAGUGAUCCUCGCCGUGGUUUCACAAGUAUCUGAUGACAAUGAAGAGGCCUCAGUUCUUCCUCUCCUCCAUGCAGGCUUCAACCGGAGAUUUAUGGAGAAUAGCAGCAUAAUUGCUUGCUAUAAUGAACUGAUUCAAAUAGAACAUGGCGAAGUUCGCUCACAGUUCAAAUUACGAGCCUGUAAUUCAGUGUUUACAGCAUUAGACCACUGUCACGAAGCCAUAGAAAUAACAAGCGAUGAUCAUGUGAUUCAGUAUGUCAACCCAGCCUUUGAAAGAAUGAUGGGUUACCACAAAGGAGAGCUCCUGGGGAAAGAAGUCACUGACUUGCCCAAGAGUGACAAGAACCGAGCAGACCUCCUGGACACCAUCAAUACGUGCAUCAAGAAGGGAAAGGAGUGGCAAGGGGUUUACUAUGCCAGACGGAAAUCCGGGGACAGCAUCCAACAGCAUGUGAAGAUCACACCAGUGAUUGGCCAAGGAGGGAAAAUUAGGCAUUUUGUCUCCCUCAAGAAGCUGUGCUGUACCACUGACAAUAAUAAGCAGAUUCACAGAAUUCAUCGUGAUUCUGGAGACAAUUCCCAGACAGAGCCUCAUUCAUUCAGAUACAAGAGCAGGAGGAAAGAGUCCAUUGAUGUCAAAUCGAUAUCGUCUCGGAGCAGUGACGCACCAAGCCUACAGAACCGUCGCUAUCCCUCCAUGGCAAGGAUCCACUCCAUGACCAUUGAGGCUCCCAUCACAAAGGUUAUCAAUAUAAUCAAUGCGGCCCAAGAAAACAGCCCAGUCACAGUAGCAGAAGCCUUGGACCGAGUUCUAGAAAUUUUACGGACCACAGAACUGUACUCUCCUCAGCUGGGUACCAAAGAUGAAGAUCCUCACACCAGCGAUCUUGUUGGAGGCCUGAUGACUGAUGGCUUGAGAAGGUUGUCAGGAAACGAGUAUGUGUUUACAAAGAACGUACACCAGAGCCACAGCCACCUCCCAAUGCCGAUUACCAUCAAUGAUGUCCCUCCUUCCAUUGCUCAGUUACUUGAUAAUGAGGAGAGCUGGGACUUCAACAUCUUCGAAUUGGAAGCAGUUACGCAUAAAAGGCCAUUAGUUUACCUGGGUUUAAAGGUCUUCUCCCGUUUCGGAGUAUGUGAAUUUUUAAACUGUACUGAAACUACUCUUCGGGCUUGGCUGCAAGUGAUUGAAGCCAACUACCACUCCUCCAAUGCCUACCACAACUCCACCCACGCCGCAGACGUCCUGCACGCCACAGCUUUCUUCCUCGGAAAGGAGAGAGUGAAGGGAAGCCUCGAUCAGUUGGAUGAGGUAGCAGCCCUGAUAGCUGCCACUGUCCACGACGUGGACCACCCGGGAAGGACCAACUCUUUCCUGUGCAACGCAGGCAGUGAACUUGCUGUGCUCUACAAUGACACAGCGGUUUUGGAGAGUCACCACACAGCCCUGGCCUUCCAGCUCACGGUCAAGGACACCAAGUGCAACAUUUUCAAGAAUAUUGACAGGAACCAUUAUCGAACACUGCGUCAGGCUAUUAUUGACAUGGUUUUGGCAACGGAGAUGACAAAACACUUUGAACAUGUGAAUAAGUUUGUGAACAGCAUCAACAAGCCACUGGCAGCUGAGACUGAGGGCAGUGACUGCGAAUGCAAUCCUACUGGGAAGAACUUUCCUGAAAACCAAAUCCUGAUCAAGCGCAUGAUGAUUAAGUGUGCUGAUGUGGCCAACCCGUGCCGUCCCUUGGACCUGUGCAUUGAAUGGGCCGGGAGGAUCUCUGAAGAAUAUUUUGCACAGACGGACGAGGAGAAGAGACAGGGGCUGCCUGUGGUGAUGCCAGUGUUCGACCGCAAUACCUGCAGCAUCCCCAAGUCCCAGAUCUCCUUCAUUGACUACUUCAUAACGGACAUGUUUGAUGCCUGGGAUGCCUUUGCACAUUUGCCAGCCCUGAUGCAGCACCUGGCCGAUAACUACAAACACUGGAAGACAUUAGAUGACCUCAAGUGCAAAAGUCUGAGGCUUCCAUCUGACAGUUAAAGCCAAGCCAGAGAAGGGGACCUCUUGAUCUUCAAAGUGCACUGUGGCUCACAGUAGUAUAAACAAGAGGCUUUCCCUUACAAUGAAAAUGGCAGGUGGAAGUGAAGGAGCUAAUGUUUAAUAUUUGACCUUGAAUCAUGUGAGUCCCCAAAUUUCAUUUGUAGAAAGUUAUGUUCCAUGAAGAAUAAUAUAUAUUCUUUUGAAUGAUCACUUAGCAACAGAAUGAAUACUUGGCAGCCUCCUCUAUUGUGCCAUCAUCCCGUGCGCCCUCGUCAAAUCGUGGAGCUAAUUCACUGUAACUAGCAGGACACAAGAAACAAAGGUCUGGUAGCUCUGAGUCUGUCCCCUGGAUGGGGGCCAAGUAGCUUAGCCAGGGUUCAGGUGAACUUUUACCGUAACAGUCAUCAUCACUGUUUAGCUAUUUUCUUCAACAGCGUCAGUCCUAAAGGAUUCAUAAGAAACUUAUCUUAACAGAUACAUCUAAGAAAAAAGCUGCCUAAAGCGAGCAGGACCAAAUCACUGAUAAACUAGUUAGCUUCAGUUUCUGUGGCUUGGUGGUUCUUCUGGUUGAUGGUGUGACACCCAAGUUAGAAUGAGCCUUGGCCUGGUGCCUACCCCUUUAGAUGGGUAUUAGCAGCCUGGGUAGCCCUUUUUGCUCUAGAAGGAAUCCAUUUGUGACUGGGGAGGAAGGGGCAUCUUGUAUGGGGAAAGCCCAUGAGAUUCCCUUAUUUUGAGUUCACAGAGGCAGCGACAAGGCUCUAAGUAUUAUAUAAAAGCCAUUAAAUCUGAAUGCCCUUGGACAAGCUUUU